AUGACAAAGCACGCGUGGCGAUCGAUCAGCACCCUUCAUUUCGACGCGGAAAAGGAAGAACAGAUAAAAUGGAUGAAAAUAGGUAAUAAAUUGCCCCUUGAAUCCUUACCUUGUCAAUGGAGGAUAUGGGAUACUGCCCUAAGGCCCAAAAAGAUGGCAUUUAAGGCUUGUUUACCUUAUAAUCACCAACGCGGAUAUUUGUGGGUCGUAAAGCUCGUGAAAAACAUAAACCACGGCAACAAGGAACGAAACUUGAGGAACAAGUCGGAAGCCAUUAACCUAGUCGAGGACUUCCAAAGGCAGUAUGAGUCGCUUUACACAUUGUACGAAGACUUACGGGAAGAAGUCAAGAAGAACAUCGGAUUUGGAGAUGGGGAGAGUUUUUCUUCUUCUUCAACUUCUAGUUCGGAUUCCGAGUCAUACUACUCGCUGGGCGGGUCGAACACAGUCCAAACCCCACACAGAAGGAGCAAUUCGAAAAACUCCAGCUUCAGCAGUGACAUUAACCAAGAACUCGACCCGACUUCAGAUUUAGAGGACACCAUUUUGAAAGAUAAGUUGACUUCUUCGAGUGAGGUGAAAAGCAUCACGAACCAAUAUUCCCAUUUGGAGGGACAGGUCGAGAGUUUGAAGCUCGAGGUUUCAAAACUCUUUUCGGAAAAAGAAAAGUUGAAAGAGGUAGUCGAGUGUAAAUCGGAUGAAGCCAUGCAGAUGAAAGAAAAAAUUUCAAGUCUUGAAGGUCAGGUUUUGGAGGCUGAUGCUAAAUUGAAAGAAAACGAAAGCCGUUUUUAUUCUGUUAAACACUCUGAGGAUAGUGAGAAGAAGAAGUACUUGUCGCGAAUUUCGGACCUUGAGGCUCAGGCGAAGAAUGUGCAGCUCAAAUUGGAUUCUUUGAAAGAUGAGAAAGUCGAAUUAGAAAGACGGGUUUUUGAGGAAACUGAAAAAUCUGCGUCCUUAGUAAAGGGCCUAACCGAACAGGUCAGCUCUCUGAAGAAUAUACUGGCUAAUGCGAAUACCCAGAAAAGCGAACUAAUAUCCGAGCUCGAGAAAAAAUCGAAAGAAAAAUCAGAAUGCCUGAUUCUAAUAAACAAUCUGAAGAAUGAGUCAAGUGUGAACGAGCAGAAGUUAUCGAAGGAGAAAGAAGGCCUAAAAGCUCAUGCUCGCGACUUAGAAUUGAAAAUACAUUCUCUGCUCAGCACGAAAACAGAACUCGAAGACCAAAUAAAGAAGCUAACCCAAGAAGCUUCUCAAUCCUCGGCAGAAGUUUCCGAAUCACACAGAUCACUAUCCGAAAAAGAAAAUGAACUAUCCACCGAGCGCAAGAAACUCACCGACUUCCAAAACAUAACUUCUGCCAAGACCAAAUCCUUAGAAGAUGAGACCAAAAGCCUCAAGACCGACCUCGAAUCCAUAAAAAACGAGAAAACAGAACUCGAAGACCAAAUAAAGAAGCUAACCCAAGAAGCUUCUCAAUCCUCGGCAGAAGUUUCCAAAACACACAGAUCACUAUCCGAAAAAGAAAACGAACUAUCCACCGAGCGCAAGAAACUUACCGACUUCCAAAACAUAACUUCUGCCAAGACCAAAUCCCUAGAAUAUGAGACCAAAAGCCUCAAAACCGACCUCGAAUCAAUAAAAAACGAGAAAAUCCAUCUCCAAACAAUCGUCGAAUCCCUACAAACCGAGCUCGACAAAGAAAAAGGAGAAAACUCCCAAAACAGAUCAAAACUCGAGAAACUCUCCAAAUCCAACUUCCAAAUCGUGGAGCGUAAAGUAGAAGAUUUGCUAGAGGAGUUCCGGAAGCAACUAGAAGACAAGUACCGUAUCCUAAGCCGAAGGAUCCGAGUUGCCGAGCAACUCCAAGUCGAGAACAAGGAAUGGUACCGUAAAACUAAAGAAUCGUACGAGCAACAGAACAAGGACUUGAAAGCUCGAGCAGAAAGAAACGAAAUCGAGCUGAAAAGCAUCAAGGACAUGACACUAACAGCGAACAAAGUCUUAACCUCUUUAGACUCGGUGGCACUAAAUUUCGAGGAAUGCAGCGCGAAUUUUUUGAACAGGAUUUCUAAAGCGUCGUGCGAACUUAAGUUUGCAAAGCAUUGGGCCAUGAGGAAGAAUAAGGCGGUUUUACACGUGAGGGACGAGAUGGACUGCCUUUUGGCCCAGCUGGAUGAUAAGGAGAAGGAGAUAUUGGUUGUAAGGGAGAGGGUUUGGAAGUCGGAGAAUAAAGUGAGGGAGUUGGAGAAGAUGGUGAAAGAGAAAGAGGAUACUAUGUUGGGGCUAAAGGAGGAGAAAAGAGAGGCUAUAAGGCAGUUGUGUGUUUGGAUCGAUUAUCAUCGUGGCAGGUCGGAUUAUUACAUGAAGAUGUUGUCCGAGUUGAACCCAACGUGCAAGAAGGCAUCUUGA